AUGGGGUUUCACGGUAACCCAGUCGCUGUCCUGGACAUGAAAUCAGAUCAGGUCCUGCCAUUUGACAAAUGCGAUAUUGAAGGCAAAGAUUGUAUCCCAGUUGAUGUUCCCCGAUUGAAGAGCAAUGUCGCUAUUUACAUCAAACGACCGAACGAAGCGAAGGGAGAGCUCGAAGGAAAGGGAGCGCCCGAAGGAAAGGGAGAGUUCAUCGCGGAGGUUAAUCUUUGGAGGAUGGGAGUUCGGUACAACCUACAUAGACUGCUGGGUAAUGAACCUCAGCUCUACGUAAUGAAUGCAUGA